AUGGGCGAAGAAUCCGCCGUCUUCUUUUGGCGAGAAACACACCCAGACACGGGCUACCUCAGCCAGUGGUACGCCUGUCCGUUCAGGGACGGCAAUAACCCAAAUCUGAUCUAUAAGACGGCGGAAAACUACAUGAUGUACCAAAAAGCGGUUCUCUUCGGCGACACACAGGUAGCAAGCGAGAUCCUCAAGACCGGAAACCCAAGAAAGGUCAAGUCGCUAGGACGAAAGGUGCGCAACUUCGACGAGGCAGUAUGGAAUAGGGAACGAGAGCGUGUUGUGUAUGAGGGGAAUAUACUCAAGUUCACGACUGCCCUGAGUGAGGAGGAUAUUACCAGAGGCAACUGCCCUGGUAGCCCGCUUGUGGGAGAGAGCCUACGAGCGCUGCUAUUGAGUACUGGCGAUAGGGAGCUGGUCGAGGCCAGUCCAUUCGAUCGCGUAUGGGGCGUGGGAUUUACAGAGCGGUUUGCAGAGGAACGGAGAGACGAAUGGGGCCUCAACUUGCUUGGAAAGGCUUUGAUGAGAGUAAGAGAGGAGUUCAGAAAAGAGGAUGAGGAGAGGGAGAGGGAGAAGUCUACAGCAUAA